CGCACACCAAAAUGGUAGGGGGGUACUGGCCAGAUCCGGAGGAUGGUAUAAGAGAAGAAGGGAUACGAAACCAGCGUCAGUUAUAUUGACUUUCUUUUAAGCGACACGCGCGUUACACACGUAUACUCCGCGGGAGGAUACACAUUAAAUUUACACGAUGAUACCACUGCUAGAAAUGCUACUAGUUAUAGUAGCGUUAGCUACGCACGCACGUGGACUCCCCUAUAGAGAAUUGCCACCUCAAUUGCAGACACAACAAAUUGAUCAAACACAAUUUAAUUGGGACCAAUCGCAGCAAAAUACGUUCGAAGGAUACCAAACGCAUGCUUCUUCAGAAUCACAGAAGCAACUUAAUUUUGAUUAUGCAUAUCAACCUGAUCAAACGUUGCAGUCCUAUUCUAGCGCCAUAGAUGGUUUCACCAUCAGUUGCAGCGGUGAAAAUAAAAUCUGCGUAGCCAAAGGUUUGUGCAUUAACGGGUAUGUGCAGCCUUUGAAGCAAGGCUUUAUUCGGCCAGGACAGGUGCAGGAGUGCAAGCUCAGCCACGAAGUAUGCUGUACCGUGCAAUAUAAUGUGAAUAAUCCGUACGAUAACGAUCCAAUUAAUGCAGUGAAGGACAAUCAGUACCCGGAACCUACUUUGGAAAACGAUGAGAAAUACGUUCCAUUCGGAGAUAAUAAUCAGGCAGACGUGACCGAAUUAUUGAAGCCUCCGUUAGAAAACAACAUCGUACUGCAAUCCCCAUCAGAUAAUAGAUUCAAUAUCGAGUCUGCUAAUCAGCCUCAUAUUAACAUAAGGCCGGUCGAAGAGAUACCAGUCGAUUACAAUCACAUACCCUCCGAUACGAAUCAACAGGAACAGUAUCAAAUAGGUGAUAGUAGUGCUAACGAACCAGUCUUCCCAUUAAAAUCUGCCCCUACGAACCCGAAUCCCGCUGUCUUCCAAUUUACGGUUCAUAUGGGAUGUGCGGCCGCCCUGCUCUGCGUAGAAGAACAGUACUGUACGUUAGAAGGAACGAUUAGUCCGCAACCAGUUGCGCUUAGCAGCAAGGAACUUCUACGACGUGUUCCGUUAAGCAGCUGCAGAAUCUCGGAGACCGGAGCAGUCGGCAAGUGUUGCCGCGAUCCGAACUACGUGGACCCGUGGCCGACGGGCAAUUUGCCAGCCAACUACACCGGUGGUUUCGACGAGCAAGGCUUUCCGACGUUCUUGAACAUUGCGAAGAUACAACCGCCGAAGAAGCCGAUCAUACAGCCACCCAUCAAGACGAUUCCCAGGUUGCCGAUCAAACCAUCCGUCGCGCCGCCGCAGGUUCCAGAGGAACUACAGCCCACAAACGUUGUACCCUUGGUGCCGGACGAUUCCGAUGUGAUCCCGCAACGCGUGUUACCAAUCUCAACUCCGAUUCCAAUAGCGCCCCCGAUCAGCAGCCCCGCGCCGUUCAAUACUCCAAGUGACCCUCCCAUCGUACCGGAAUUGCAAUUGCCUAACAAUCCAUGUGGAGUGAGAAAUUACGGACAACGCCCGACCGGCUUCAGAGAGACCGAUGCGGCAUUCGGAGAGAUUCCAUGGCAAGCGAUGAUUUUGUGGUCGGAGGAACGUAAGAUUUUGUGUUCUGGUGCCUUGAUAUCAUCAGAAAUCGUCCUGACAGCUGCCAGUUGCGUAAAUAGAUUUCCAGCGAGUGAACUGUCUGUGAAACUCGGAGAAUGGAAACUGGGAUACGAACUUGAACAAGAGGAGCCGUUGCCAUUCCAAAUUAUCAAUGUACGAACUAUCAAAUAUCAUCCUGGAUACUUGGAAGGAUUGCCUGGUAACGAUACUGCUAUGCUCCUUUUGGAACAUCCCGCGGCAUUUAAUUUGCAUAUCAACACACUAUGUCUUCCCGAUAACUAUCAAGUGCAAGAAACUUCACAAUGCAUCGUGACGGGUUGGGGCAAGUCGAUACUGCAAGCUCAUUACGCGGGUGCUAUCAUGCACAUGGUCGAUGUGGAUCUUCUGACGCACGAUAUCUGUCAAAAUCGCGUCUUGGGUGCGGAGUCCCAUAUCAAUGUCGCACAUAAUGUAAUCUGCGGUAAAGCGCAUGAAAAAAAUAAUAUGUGCCAGGCCGAUGUCGGUGCUCCAUUGGCUUGUUACAAUGGUAACGGAGCCUAUCAUAUCGCCGGAAUUUAUAGUCAAGACACUGGAUGUUUACCCACAAAUCAGGUAGCGACAUUCACACCCAUUGACAUCACCUGGCUGAAACAAACUAUGUAUGCGCCCGAGCCUAAAAUAGACGCUAGCGAUGACGGCUACGAUUAUCGAAAAAGUAAUUUACCAGCGGGUAACGAAUAUUUGCCACCAGUGUAAAGGUA